CUUACCCGUACCAGUAACCAUCCUCGUCCGGGUAUUGGUCAAGGAGGCAACAUUGCUAUUGUCUGACGCUUAUUUUCGGUUGUAUGUCGUUGUCGGCGGCAAGGGUGUCCGCAACGAAUGAUUGUGGCUAACGGCUGGUAUCAGGUUUUAUGCCUCUGUCCAUGAGUGUGUGAUUGUUUAGCAGACGGCUGCUAGCCGGCAGAGCGGAUUGUCUUAGUUAUGCUGUUCUAUGGCAAUCAUAACAUUACGGUCGCCACACUGCUGCUUCUUUCAAUCAAAUCUCAUCUGGGUAUGUCUGAUCAUCGGGAUGUCUGUUCUAGAUAGGUACCUCUGUGUACUGACUAAGUUGCAGUGGCCGUUAUAGUAGUGAAGGGUAGGACACUCAGUGUAAAGGGCUGAGGCUGUUUGAGACAUUACACCUCCGAAAACGACAACGACGACGAGAAGGCGAACCGUGUGGGCGCUGUAUCCUCCCAUUUCACCCAGUGCCGUGCGGUUCACUGGUUUACGAGUGCAAUUCCGGCUGCGUGCUCUGUGCAUAUUCGUGCCUGCGUGUCUCGGGGUAGCUCGUGCUACUGGCUAAAUUGUCCUUUCCCCAGCACGUUCUAAAACAAACCGUCAGAUAUCUGGAAUUCGCAUCAUCUGGUGAUUUAACAUCGACUUGCUGCAACUGUUUCGUGCCCCUGAUAUAAGCCGCCGGAACGUGAAUGAAACGUCGGAAGAACCGAUUUCGGUGGCUUCGUUUUCGUUGGCAUGUCAGAAAGAGUUGGCCAAAUGGGAAGAAACCUUUAGGAAUUAGUGUUUAAAGGCAAGGGUGUGAACAGAGCUGCUUGAAAAGGAGUGCACUCGCGUACUGCAGACUGAACAAAGAUCAAGGGGAUCAUGGCGGAUAUACACAGCUUUGGAGUGGCUCCAGUGAGCUGUCAUGCCUUCAAUAAGGAUCGCACAAAAGUGGCCGUAUCGUUAAAUAAUACCGAUGUUGAAAUCUAUGAUAAAGACUCCGUGGGCUGGAAACCAACACCAUCGCACACUUUGGCGAAACACGAUCUACGGGUGACGUCAAUAGAUUGGGCCCCAAUAUCCAAUCGUAUCGUCACAUGCUCAGCAGAUCGAAAUGCUUACGUCUGGAAUUUUGAUGGAAAGACAUGGAAUCCUGUACUUGUUCAUCUACGAAUUAAUCGUGCGGCGACCUUUGUGAGAUGGUCACCAAAAGAGAACAAGUUUGCAGCAGGCUCAGGGGCAAAGCUUGUUUCGGUAUGUUUUUUCGUUGAGGACAACAAUUGGUGGCUGUCGAAACACAUAAAGAAACCGAUGCGUUCUACGAUCACCUGUCUUGAUUGGCACCCCAAUAAUGUGCUUCUUGCCACGGGCUGCACCGACUUUAGAACGCGUGUGUUUUCUGCCUACAUUAAAGAGAUCGAGGAGAAACCAGAGUCGACACCAUGGGGUGCUCGCAUGCCACUGGCGCAAUUAUUAGCAGAAUUUCCUGCCGCUGGUUGGGUGCAUGGUGUGGCAUUCUCACCUGACGGUACCCGAGUGGCGUGGGUGUCCCAUGAUAGCUCAAUCGCGGUAGCGACUGCGGGAAGUAAGCACGUGGCAUCGUUUAAUAUGACUGGCAUGCCACUUCUGAAGUGUAUUUGGUUAAGCCCCGCGAAGAUUGUCGCUGCGGGUUUCGAUUGUUAUCCCAUGUUGUUUGAGGUGACGAACAAUGGAAUAAAAUUUAUCUCGUCGCUUGACAAACAGAAAAAGAUCGAAGGGGGUGGCAGUGUUUCGGCCAUGCGAAUGUUUCGCGACAUGGACAAACUCUCCAUUGAUUCAGCCAGUGGACCUGAUUCAACUGGAUCCGGCGUUGUAGCCACUUUGCAUCAGAACACUAUCACUUCAGUUAGCGCACACACAACAACUGGUGAUAAAGUUGCCAAAUUCGCUACUUCUGGCGUCGAUAGCAGACUUAUUAUUUGGGAUGUUAAGGCGCUAGAAUCGUCACUUGGUGAUAUUCGGCUACAUUGAAAACCGCUUUGUACAAAGCUAAAUCCCAAAAUACAUUCCGCCACUGUCAAUAGACAUCUCUAAUUCGACGGCAGAAAUAUGCCAUAUGAUGAAGUAGGCUGUGGACUUCGUUUAAUCUACAAAGUUGUAUCAGUUGGCAUUAUCAAGUGCUGCCGGAUUAAGACUUGUCAUUCUCUCACGAGCGUUUGCGGCAACAGAAAUCCAUCAGCUCAGGAUUGACAAACUUCGUUUUCAUCACUUUAAAGCAAAAGAAAAAAAGAAUACACUCGGUCUCCAUCUUUUCUGGGUGAUAAUCAAUCGCUGCGAAUUUAGCCACUCAAGACCGUUUGGAGUGUUUGUGCUUAAGAUGCUUUGAAGAGUUGAAUCAAGCUAAUACACCUACCUUGUUAGCACUUGUAUAAACCACCCACACUCACAUUUCACUCGCGUCUUUAAUCUAUUAUUGACAACGUAAGGAAAACGACAACUUUAAUAUUCAAUUAUUCUUAACCGUUUUCGCAGCCGAUUCCACAAUCAUGGAACUAAUAUUACUGUUAUUCAUUAUUAUAUAAUGCAAAAUGAAAAUACCAAAUGUUUGGUUGUCUGGAUAGUAAAUAAUUAGCUAAUUGAUGUUUGCGAAUGGACGGAUGCGUGAAGAGCACAUGAUAAGCGAGAGAAAGCUUCAAACGAAGACUGGACAAACAGUGUUCGUCGCCAAACGGAUGCAUCCACUCAAAUUUUCUGCAUUAGUCGCGCCUUUACGCAUUGUAAGUUACUUGUCAUCCUUAUAGUAAAAUAAAUGAGGAAGUUAGUUUGAACAGGAAAGAAAGGUGACGAAAACACCGACGACAUAAAAUAUAAAAUGCAGUAUGGCCGGCACAAAAAUGUCAUUACAGGAACAGAGGUGACAUUAAUGAUUGUAAUAACCGCAAUACAAUGGUAGGAAGAAGAAUAAUAGAUAUAAAAGCAAAUAGUGAGGAGUGCAUAAGUGGUGCCGAAACGGAACGAAAAUUCAAAGAAAUAUAUAUAUAACCUAUUAUUUAAAUAUGCAAGAAAAUAAAGCAAUAGCUACUCAAAAAUGUGUUAAUUACAGACUGAUGAGUGACGUAUUGUUUGAUACAACCUAUAACCACCGCCACCCUCCUCUAAACUGCCCCGUUAGCUUUUCACAUACUGAUGAACUCAACCAUGUGACACUCCCUUCAUGACUCACUCGACUUUUAAUAAAUAUACGUUUUCCAUAGAACCUGCGCGAGAGAUAUAUAAUGCUAUUUUGAUUAUCGAAUUGCUAUGUUAUGAUUGUCGUAUGCACGACUAAUAGAACUGCCCCUGCCAGCCAGGUUCAGCCCAGUAACCAAACCAAUCGCAUUUUACUGUAGUACUGAUAAGUGCUUUUUAAUUAGGAUUUUGCUCGUUCCAUUAUCUUUUUAAAUGCAAAUAUUAUACGUCCGUUUGCACAUACGUUGACAUGAACCCUCCGCGCUAUCAGUUUGCUGGUGGAUUUACAAGUUGAAUGUACGCUGACGGAAAUGCGUAUCUAAAUGCCUAAUUUCAUUGUUAACUAUUAUGUUAUUCGCUUUGUGGUUUCGUUUAUUGCCAAUUUUUCCAUCUUCCGCUGAAUUAAUUGAUACCUUAAUUAAUCCUUAUCACUUUUUCAUUUCAAUCUAUUUCCUAAAACUAAACUUAAGUAGAUAUAUCUUUGUGUAUGCGGUACUCGAACUCCGCACUCGACAGCAGUAAAUUACAUAAUGUCUAUGUGUCGGCACCUAUAUCUUCAUUGAAGGCCACUCCCCUCUGACGCUGAAUUUUUGAUGAAAAAGUGUGGCGACAAAGACAGGCUAACAUCUUUUUAUAGAUAUUGCGUCCUGUGUAAAACAGUACUGCUUAACUAAAGUAGAGGAAUAAUUAACUAUCGACUUUUCUGUUCUUCUUUAAAGAUUUUAUUAAAAAGUUAAUAUGAGGAACUUCACGCAAGGACCGCGGGGGAAAGGAUAUGUGACUGAGAGCUCUUCUGAUUCAAUUGCACUGUUGAAUCAUCGUUCGAGAGUCUACAUCUUUGCGACGUCAGCGGACGACUCCAAAGAUUGUUACUAAGCUUUGCGUUUGCUGACAUCAAAUAUUUGCUAAUGACUUUGUUAUUACAGUUUUUAAAUACUUCGACAAAAUGUUUUAUAUACCUCAAUUCCCUUUACAAAUCUUGUUAAGUCUAACUAUUCUAUUAUCCUACGAAUUGGUGUCAUUUUAAAGGUAAUAAAGCGAAUUAUGAUAAAGCAA